UUCAUCAGUGACUGGGUUUUAUGUUCCUUAUUGCUCUGAGGUAACUUUAACACUACAGGAAUGCCAUGUCGUUUUCUGGAGUGAUGUGAGGGGUUUUCAAAGGGGUUUUCGUCAGAAAAUCACAGAAAAUGGAGGGAUUGGGAGGGGAUAUCCCUUCAUCACAGCGCAGGACUUUCUUUUCUACUGCUUUUGAGGCUCAUUCAAGCCGAGCUGCACCAGGCUCGUCGGUUUAUUCAUUUGGCGAUAGAUCAGACUCGCUCGGCCCAGAUUCAAUAAAACCCUAUACGCCUCUUCAAAGUUCCGCAGCGUCCGCAAAUACGUCUAUCGGUUACAGCUGUCAUUUUGGGAACAGUUAUUAUGGUUGCAAACUCCCACACAGUGCCGGAUUUCAACGGAGCGUGAUGAAACACAAUGCACACGAGUCUGUUGGUGGACAUUCCGAGGACAUGUAUAUGGAUAUUUCAGGUUUUACCGGCAAUAAUAUGCACUGCAGCGAAUUUCCCGGGAGAGCAAAGGAAUUUACCGUCUACCAAGGAUAUACAGGUUCCUACGCACGGUUCCCUGGCUAUAUCGAUGUACCUGUAGCACCAAGAACUGGUGUUGGAGAUUCAAGGCAUGAGACUGUUUUACCGAUUGAGGGUUAUCAACCAUGGACCUUGUCAAAGAGCUGGAACAGCCAACUUUAUUGUGCCAAAGAACAAAUGCCCAACUCGCAUAUCUGGAAGUCGUCACUCACAGGAGACGUGGUGCUAAAUCAAGCAGAUGUCAGCGCGUACCGGCGUGGGAGGAAGAAAAGAGUGCCCUACACAAAAGGCCAGCUCAAGGAGCUUGAACGAGAGUACACCCUCAGUAAAUUUAUUACCAAAGAUAAAAGACGGCGAAUCGCUGCGUCAACCAACCUGUCUGAAAGACAAGUCACAAUUUGGUUUCAGAAUCGCAGGGUUAAAGACAAGAAAAUAUUAUCAAAACUCAAAGACUUUGAAAAAUAUUCAUAAAUCUCUUCGACUUAUACACGACAAAGCUUUUAACUCUUUCUCUUAUUUAUUCAGUCAGCUUUAAAGUCAAGCGCUCUAUUAUGCGGAAAACGGUAUUUGUCUACCAUUAUGAGCCAUUAUUCUUUGUUGUAUAUGUGUGUGUGUAUAUAUAUAUGUUUAUGUACUGUACAAAGGUUUUAUACAUGUAUGCGUUGCUCCAUGUCUGUUUUUGUGUCGAUUUGUGACAUUAAAUCUAUAGUGUGUAACAAGUAUAUGUGUACUGUAAAAAUACAUAACACCGUCUGUGACUAUAUAUCUGCACACACACUUGUUUUGUGUUUGUUUGUAACAUUAA